AUGAGAGUGAGAGACGAGUCGCCAGGUCAGAUAUGAUGAACGAUUAUUACAUGCAUGUCCUUGUGCAUGUGAUUGACUGCGCACAGACUGUGAUUUUUUGACAUGUUCUUUUUAUACCUAGAUAUACAAUUUUCAUUUCAAUGUUCUAUCUUCAAGAAUGGAACUUUGAUUUUUGCUUAUAAAAAUGUGAGUUGUUGAUGGUAUUAAUAAAUAAUAUUGUUAAUAAAAAAUAUUGUUUCUCCUUGCAUUAAAACCGUUGUUAGUCGACUUUAAAUACGUUGGGCAAACCACACUACUUCCCAUUCUCGGAAGAGAGGCAAACGAAGGUAAAUUCCGAAUCAUAGUUUAUAGCUGUAUUUUUCACACUGACUUAACUGACUUAACACGAACAGGGAGGGUAACAGUCGGGACAGACCGGACGCGAUUCGACAACGCGGCGCGAUUUUUCGAUUUUUACUGACCGAUAACUUUGAUCCUGGUUUACGUUUUCCAAAUAUUUAGAAGCAGUAUAACACUUUGAGUUAUAUUUGGUCUACAUAUCUUUUAAAAUUUCCUUUCAUUGGCAUGUUUUAUUAACUUUUAGAAAAUUGAAAAAUCGCGUCGCAUUGUCGAAUCGCGUCCUGUGUGUCUCGGCUUUGAGGAUUUGCCAUAGAAGAGCGAGAUAUCACUAUCAAACAGCUUCAAGCGAAUUUGUAAGAAAUUGAAAAUGAAAGAAACUCAUUAAAUCUUAAGAAUUUACCAACAAAGCAUGUUGACAAUAAAAGUAAGACUGCAUCGCCGCCAACGCAGCCCUUGAUGUGUCAAAUGAAUAAUAUUGAGGAUUUAAUCAACUUGUCUAAAAUUAACGAUCUAUGUGAUAUUGAAACCGAUGUCUUGGACGAUGCAUCUAAAUCUGAUGAUAUCCAAAUACUUCUACUAUAAAGGAUCUUGAGGCCUUUAUUGACAAGUCUUUCUAUAGCGCCUCUGUCGAGCUAUCUAAUCCUGUCCAGCCGACGGACUUCUCCACUCUAGCGCAAAGACGCUCUGAAGAAAACCUGCCGUACAAACUCUUUGAACAGAAUAAUACCAUAAAUAUAAAUAAGCAAGAGCUAUGCAAAUUGACCUGCAAAAAUUUACAUCUUAAAUCACGUAUCUCGGAGUUGGAGGGGAGAUUGUCGCCAAAGAAUACAACAAAUGGGAGUAGUGACCUGAACCUGUGUGGAAAAAUAGUUAAAGGAAAUAAUAUCUUAACUGCGAAUAUAGAUGCUUGUGCUAUUUCUAGUCGCCUUUCGCCUGGAACAACUGCAUAUGUCGAUGGCAGCGAUGAAUAUGCUAUCUCAACUGCGAAUGCCGAUGCUUGUGCUGUUCCUAGUGACAGUCCACCCGAAAAAAGUGCGCAUGCUGAUGACACUUCGGCCCCUAUAAGUCAACAGUGUGGUGAAGAUAACAGCGGAGAUUAUGAUAAAGAGACUUUGAACCGGACUGACAAUAUCGUCAACCCAGAACGCACAAUCAAGUCAACAAAGCAAGUUUUGAACCCGUUAAGUAAUCCAACUAUGGAUAACCAUGGAGAGAACAAAGAAAACAUCGGUCUCGUAUUAGCGAACAGUAUCGGGAGGUGUCAGCAAAAUUCGACCUCUUACGAGCAAGAAUUAAGGUCCCCCAAAACCCCAACUAGGUCAACAAAUAAGCCUCUCCAGAAGCCAAAUACAAAGGCUGCCUUACAAAGCACAAAUGUUAACAAUAAAAUCAAGUCUGAUCUGCCCCUCCCGACCCGCUCUAAAUCCCAAGUACCUGAGUGGCUUUCCCGUUUACCUUUGGUUGAAAUCCCAGUUGACUAUAGUCAAUCUCCUUUUCCAAAGCGUCAGCGAACCGAGAACCCACCAUACCAGCAAAUCGGAUGUCCCCGAACUAAAUUCCAAGUACCCAAGUGGCUUUCUUGUUUACCUUUGGUUGAAAUCCCAGUUGAUUAUAGUCAAUCUCCUUUUCCAAAGCGUCAGCGAACCAAGAACCCACCGUACCAGCAUAUCGGAUGUCCCCGAACGAGGGAUUGGCUGAGUUACCUCGACUUUGUUCGCCAAGCCACGAGAACCAAUUCGAAAUUACAUCAUUCCGACCGAUCUCAGCUAACUCUCGUUUCACGCCUAACAAUAUCUUAAUGGGAAGUAAUAUACCCAAGUAUCCUAACGAAUCAAGUGCUAUCCCGAUCAUAAUUUCAAAGCGUAUUGCGAGAGUAAAUAACAAUAAUGUACACCGAUCUAACUUAAUCAAUAUACCUAUGAACGAUGAAUGUAGAAAAUCUGUGACGUGCUUACAACAGAUAGUCCCCCCAAAGUCAUGCAGUUCCGUACCUUCCCUGUUCCUGUCCAACUCGAGGUCACUAGUAAAUAAGAUUGAUGAACUUUCUGGUACCGUCUCUAAUCUCCUUGCAGACAUUGUAGUUAUCACCGAAACGUGGCUCACUUCCAACGUCGAUAGCGCAGUGAUAAACUUAAGUGGGUUCUCUAUAUUUAGGCGCGAUCGAGAAGAUGGUAGAAGAGGUGGGGGCGUGUGCACUUACGUGAAAAACUGUCUACCUGUAGUCCAUUUGAAGGAUCUCUCGAAGCCUGAAUUUGAAGCUUUGUGGCUAUUAAUCAAACCAAGACGCCUACCACGUGGCAUUAAUUCAAUCGUAUUGGGAGCCAUUUAUCAUCCGCCAAAUAGUGACAAUAGGGCCAUGUUGGCUUAUCUUACCGAGUCCCUUGACCGCGCUCUAACAGCUAACCCAGGAGCUGCCAUCAUCCUAACCGGCGACUUCAACCAAUUCAAACACCGCCAACUGUGCAAUUCGUUUUCCUUAAAACAGAUCGUGAAGAAUGCUACUAGAGGAUCAAACAUUCUUGAUAAAAUCUUCACGAACAUUUCGAAAUUUUACGACGUUCCUGAAGUUGUUCCUCCACUCGGAUUCUCAGACCAUAACUCAGUUUUACUAAAUCCACUGAAUCAUCGUAAGAACUCGCGGUCUUUCCGAAUGGUUAGAGAUGCGCGUCCCUCCAAUCGGAGGUUAAUCACUGAAGCCCUAUCCAGUGUUAACUGGUCUCCAAUGUAUCAUCUGAGCUCUUGUGACGAACAGUUCCAAUAUUUCUCUUCCAUUGUCGAUGGUAUUGUUGAUAAAUAUCUCCCGCUGAAACGUAUUAAAUCUGACAGCAGCGAUAAGCCCUGGAUUACUCCAGAGAUAAAAAGAUUAAUAUCGAAACGCCAAGUAACAUGGCGGAAAGGAAACAAGCCUAUGUUUCGAUUCUAUAGGAACAAAAUUAAUAACUUGUGUAGGCGUGCUCGCUCAAAGUAUUAUACCAACAAUGUCGCUAAUACCACUCAGUCGAAUCCACGGAAGUGGUGGUCCGCUGUCAAAAAUAUUGCUGGCCUUGCCCCAUCUAAAAACGUUUCCACACUUGUGUACAACGGACAGCCCUAUUCCGAUUCGGCUCUGGCCAACCUGUUCAACGACAAGUUUGUUGCCGUUGGGAAUUCCCUGCCUCCGCUUGCUUGGACGCCCCUCGAAGUCGGUGAUUUUCCUCCCGACUUUUACAUUUCAGUCGACGACACCGAGAAAGCAUUACAAUCCGUCAAGUCCUUUUCAGCUGCAGGUCCUGACGAAAUCACGCCUUGGUUCCUCCGUGAAAAUUCCUCGUUAUUGUGUCGCCCAUUAGCAUCCAUAUUUAAUGCCUCUAUUCAUGAUGGUUGUGUUCCAUCCCUGUGGAAAUCUGCAAAUGUCAUUCCUGCAGCAAAGUCUUCUCCUGCUCUGGAUGUUGACUCUGAUUUUCGACCGAUAUCGCUCACGCCCAUAGUGAGUAAGAUUCUGGAAUCAUUUCCAUAUAACUGGCUCUUGCAGUCAAUCCGCGACCAAAUCGAUAAGCUCCAAUUUGGCUCAAUUAAAGGAUCUAACACCACCAUGGCGCUAAUACACCUGCUUCAUAAAUGGUACGAAGCGAUGGACACACCUGGAGCCUGCCUACGGAUAUGCAUGCUAGACUUUUCCAAAGCUUUUGACCGUAUCGAUUUCAACAUUCUGAUGCAGAAACUCAUUAACAUGGGCGUACACCCUAUCCUAAUUAAUUGGAUUGCCAACUUCCUCACCGACAGAAGUCAGAGAACAAGAAUUGGCUCUAAUUUUUCGAGUUGGAGAACUACCAACGGAGGAGUCCCCCAAGGAACCAAACUGGGCCCCCUCCUCUUCCUCAUCAUGGUGAACGACUUGAAUGUUUCUGACGAUACAGUGAAAUUUGUUGACGACACCACUAUCUGGGAGAUCGUCUUGAAGGGUCAAGAAUCCAACUCGGUCCUACCGUCUCAAAUUACAGAAUCUACUAAAUGGGCGUCUGAGAAUAACAUGAAACUGAACCCUACAAAAACAAAAGAAGUUCGUGUUGGGUUUUCUCCUCUUGAUCCCGGGGCUCUUCCGCCGAUCACCAUUGACGGUCAUGAUAUAGUUGUGGUUCCGCAUGCUAAAUUACUUGGUGUCAUGAUAUCUAAAGAUCUUAAAUGGACCGAGCACGUUGAUUAUAUCUGCAAGAAAGCUUCGAAGCGAUUGUAUGCCUUACGAUUACUUAAGAGAGCCUCUAUACCAGCGAGCAAGUUAGUCCGGGUUUUUACUACCUGCGUUCGACCAAUCUUAGAAUUUUCGUGCGAGGCAUGGCACUAUAGCUUGGCGCAAUACUUGAGCGACGAGAUCGAGAGUAUUCAACGGAGAGCCCUUCGUAUAAUCUUUCCUGAUCUCAAAUAUGAAGAUGCGUUGGUACGUGCUGGGGUGGUGUCACUGUUCCUGCGGAGAAAGACCAUUUGCGAGAAACUUUUUGCUCAAAUGUGUGAUGAAUCAUCCCAUAAACUCCAUUCUCUCGUUCCCCCAGGACAUACAACAGGAUAUUCUCUACGUAAUGAUAAUUGUCUUUCAAUACCAAAGCAUAGGACAAGUAGGUUUGCUAAGAGUUUUAUUAUGGCCGGUAGUAAGGCCUACAACCCCAGUUUUAAAUAAUAAUUUUUUAGCUAUAUUCUUACCUAGAACUAUCACAAUUAACAACUUGUAAAUAAGGAGUGUUUGUAGACAUUUUUACUCGUAUGCAUGUAAACCAGUGUAAUUCAGUUCUUAACUGCAAAAUUGGUAUUUUUUAAUAAAUUGAAAAAAAAAAAUUAGGGCUUUUGAAUAGCAAUUAUCAAUGUAAUACUGCCAACCUCCGCACUAAUUAAGGAAACAAAUAAUUUAAAACACUGAACCAGGAACAAUUGUUUUUGACUAGGAACAACAACCAAUUAAGAACCAACUCAAGCCUGAUUUCUCACUUCAAGCCUGAUUUCUCUCACCUGAUUUCUCUCAACAAGCCUGAUUUCUCACUAUAAGUACACAUUAUAUAAGAAUCUCUCCAGUCUGACAAAAAGUCCUAUCCCAUCCACAAGGUUCUUUUAUGCAGGUUUUUUAUUCAUGCUUGAUGCUAUGCGUAAGUUAAACUUGUCUAGGGAUUCGUUUUACCACGAGUUUUUGAAUUAUUUUUUUCAUUUUUAGAUUCCUAAACCAGUGGAUAAAUUAAAAACAAAAUACUUCUUU